AUGCACCGCCGCGCAGGUGGCCACCGUCCGCAGCAGCAGCGGCGGCAUCAACAGGAGGAGAAAGGCCGCACGUCGGCCCCUUCACCUUCAGAACCACCACCGCCAGCACCAUCAGCACCAUCGGCUGCGUCGCCACGGCCGGCAGCAGGGGCGGUAGUGGCGGAGGCGGGUGCGGUGGUGGCCACCUACUACGCGCUGGAGGGCCUCUACGCGCUGGCGAUGGGCCUCACGCAAAGCGUGGACGACCUGUUCCUCCUCCACGCCGGCCUCUCCAUGUGGAGCGUGUUCCUCGUGGGCGCCGCCUUCACCGCCGCCCUCGUCCUCUUCGAAAUACCCACCGGCGUGGUGGCGGACACGGUGGGCCGGCGCGCCAGCGUGUUGGCCAGCCUCGCGGUGCGCUCUGCGGGGAGUGUGGCCUACGUGGCCGCCGCGUGGGCUCCCGCCGCCCUACGCCUCGUGUUGUUUUGCGGGCUCAAGGUGGUGAUGGGCCUGGGCUUCACGUUCUACUCGGGCGCCAUCGAUGCGUGGCUCGUGGACGCGUUGCGCGUGAUGCCCGACAGUGGUGGCCGCACUCUUGACCAGGUGUUUGCGCGCGGAGCUGCCAUCAGCCGCCUGCUGGGCCUGCUGGGCAUGCUGGGCGGAGCAGCGAUGGCGCAGGGCGCCCUGGGCAUCCCCUUUGCCAUGCGGGGUCUGCUGCUGGGCUGCACCCUGGUGGCCGCCGCCCACUUCAUGCACGACACGGGCUUCAGCCCCACCCCUCUCACCGCCGAUGUCUAUGUGAGCAAGGUGGUCGAGAUCAGCCGCGCGAGCGCCCGCUACGGGUGGUCGAACAAGGCCGUGCGAAUGAUCAUGCUGGCCUCCUUUUCGCAGGCCAUGUUGACCACGUGGGGUUUCUACGCGUGGCACAGCCACCUGCUCACGCUCUACGGGGACGUGCACGCCGUGUGGCUCAUCGGCGUGGUGUCGGCCCUGGUGUCUUGCGCCCGCAGCCUGGGCAACCUGCUGGUCGACGCCCUGAUCGCCAGCGGUCUCGUGCGGCACCGUACGACGGUCAUGCUGGGCGCCAUGCCCGUCCUUUCCCUCACCGCCAUCGCCCUCGGCCGCAGCACCUCCUUCGCUCAGGCCCUGUGUUGGCUCAUGUGCCUGAUGGCCACGAUGGGCGUGGUCGACCCGGUGCGGCAGGCCUUCCUUCACCGCGAGAUCCCGUCGGGGCAACGGGCGACGGUGAUCUCCUUCCAGCAGAUGUUCGUCGGCGGGGGCUCCGUCCUGGGGCAGCUCACCCUGGGGUACUGCGCCAACGUCGCCUCCAUCCCGGCCGCCUACGUCGUUGGCGGCUGCCUCUCCCUCCUCUCCCUUCCCCCAAUCUUCCUCCUCCGCUCCUUCCGACGACACACCGACGCCUUUGUGCCCACCACCUCCCCAUAA